AAAGCUUUAUAUAACGUAAAGCUUUGUGGUCAGUGAUGAAAAGUUUACAGAUAAGGGUGUUCAGAAUUGAAUUUCCCGUUUAAAUAAUAUAAUGGAUUAUAAUGAAAGCGAUGUUCCUGUCUGCACCAUGAGCUAGUCGUCGAGACGCGUAAGCGCGGCCAGGAUGUCGUAGAAUAUGCCACGUCGCAAGCGCAGGCUAGCUUCGCGCAUCCGCAACUACGUGAGAAGUCUUCUAGCCUUCCUAUUUUCUAACGUGGGCGUUGUAGUGUUGGUCGUCGCUUAUACUAUCGCUGGUGCAUUUAUGUUUCAAGCGAUAGAAGGUGCGAGCGAGAUCGAGCGAGUUAACAAUAUGUCGCGGGAAAGAGACAGCACUGCCCAGUACCUUUGGCAAAAUGUAACGCUUACCCUCAAUUUGUUCAACGAAACUGCUCUUAAGGAAAGUAUAAGCAUCGAGCUUAAAAGCUAUCAAGGCAAAAUUGUUAAAGCAGUGCGUCGUGGCUGGGACGGAGGUAGAUCGUCGAGACAGUGGAGUUUCUCAUCCGCCUUUUUGUACUCUCUUACUGUGAUUACUACAAUAGGUUACGGCCAUCUCAGUCCCAGAACCAGUUGGGGAAAGAUCAUGACGGUCUUUUAUGCACUCCUGGGAAUGCCACUAUUUUUGCUGUACCUUAGUAAUGUUGGUGAACUUCUGGCUAGUUGGUUCAAAUGCAUAUAUGCUUUGAUGUGCCUGUGCCGAGGAUGCCCCGGUUUUUCAAGGAGAAGGGUGGUCCACAUUCGAACCCAAUAUGAAACUAGCGAAGCGGAGAGUAUAGAGAGACCGAGAGAAUGGAGAGAUUAUACAGACUCCGAUGUAACUCCCGACUACAGAAUACCACCGUACCCCCCAGCUCCAAGAAGAGGCUACAUGCGAAGUAUAUCUAUGCCUCAACCCUGUUCCCCUCGAAUGCGUCCAGAAGUCCGAGGCUGGUCUGAACCAAUGCAUCACGAUAGUCCUGCUUUAAGCGAAUUCAGCUAUGUGACGUUUGAUGCUCAAACUAUCACAGUGCCAAUAAGUGUUUGCGUGGCUAUUAUGGUUGGGUACCUAAUGUUCGGGUCAAUGAUAUUUGGGCUUUGGGAGAAGUGGGACAAAUUAGACGGCGCUUACUUUUGCUUCAUAUCACUGAGCAGUAUCGGUUUCGGUGAUUUCGUACCAGGCGAACGAGUGUACACGCCACGUAUUGAGACCUCUUUCAUAGUGUGUUCUCUCUAUCUAAUGCUGGGAAUGGCGUUGGUAGCCAUGUGUUUCAACCUCAUGCAGGAGCAAGUUAUACACUACUACGCUGGACUGAAGAGGGCUUUGAGACGAAUCUGUCGCUGCAAAAGAUGACGAUGUUGACAUUUGUGAUAGUGAAUAUAGCAAUUACUUACCUUAAGAAAUUCUGAGACUGCAAAGUGGUUGCUGUGAAAUCUUACUAGCAACUCGUUUAAUAUUUAUGCAAUCGGUCGUCCACUUUUAAUUAAAACAGUCGAAGUGUUAAGAUGCUACUAUUUUAA